AUGCCGCAGGACGCGGUUGGCGCUGAUGCAACCGCCGCGAAAAGACGCAAUGGUGCGACGACGGCUCCAGACACUCUAGUUGGCGGCGGAGACAACGCUUCGGAUGCUGGAGAGAGUGAACCCGGUCAGACCUGCAGUAACGACGACGAAAUGGGAGGAAAUGAUGGCGAUGGCAUUGAUGAAGAGGCCGGGCGAGAAGAAGAAGCAGGGCGUGUGUCGGAAACAGAUGGUGACGGGGAAGAUGAUGGUGAACGUACUUCUGUUCCACAGAUUGUGGAGCCGCCAGUGAAAUAUCACGCGAGCUGGGAGGAUUGGCAAUCGUACUUCGAGGACUACUGUCAAAGGACGCUGCAAGUGAUUCCUGUGAAGGAGACCAUGUCCAGGGCGGAGCGCAACAAGAGACUCAAGAAAACGAAGAAGGGGGAAGACGAGUCGCAGUUGGUGCCCGAAGGCUUCGACCCGGACCAGCGUACAUACAUUUGCACGCACGGGUGGAAAAAGAGGAAGUCCCGCAAUGAAGGAAGUCGGCCGCGGCAGCACAUUCGCCUCACCAAUUGCCCAUUCAGGUUCGUGGUGCAGUGGAAUCUUGUUCGAGGUGAGCUGCAGGUGAAGAAUGGGCAUUUCGCUCACAAUCAUCCAGUGUCUCCAGCUGCAUUCGCGACUUAUCCCGCUUCUAGAGGUGUAAUGGACCCGCUGGUUGGUGCUCGUGUCGAAGGAAUCUACGAUUACCUGCUGGAUCAUGACGAAAACGUCAUCCAGAGCGACGUGGACAAUCUGGUGAGAGUCCAUGCAUCAUCUGUUUCGAACGCGGACGAUAACGACGCUACAGCAAGGGAGAUUGCAGUUUUCCAGGCGGCUGACCCUGAAAACGUUUCGACUGUGUCCGAGACGCCCUGUGGAGAGACGGGAGUGUUAUCGCUCGUGUCAAAGCACAUGCGUCGCGUUUACAGCAGGUUCAGUGAGCUUCUACUCGUCGACUGCAGUCACAAGACCAACAGAUACAACUAUCAGCUUCUCACGUUCAUGGCAAUGAACGAAUUUGGCGAGGGAACAGUCGUUCAGCAGUCCCUGAUUGAGGCUAAUGGCGAUUGGCAUAUGGAGAGGACCGUAGAGCACUUCAAACGCUCGCAUCCUACGCGGAUUCAUCUGUUACGAGUCAUUGUCAAUCCUGAUCUGUCACUUUCACGUUAUCAAGUAUCUUAA